UACGGCCACACUACAUCUUUUAGGCGCGAAUUCUGCCGCAUAAUUUUUUUUCGCUGUUAAUUAUUGCCAGUUAAAACGUAGCUAAGUUAGUUAGUAGGAUGAAGUGCAAGAUACCGGAAAUUUCGUGGCACAACCGCGACCCCGUGCUCAGUGUGGACAUCCAGCCGAAUGGCCAAGGGCUCCGUUCGCCGACGAUCUGUCGCCUGGCCUCGGGGGGCACCGAUGCCCAUGUCCUCAUUUGGUAUGUGAACCGCACCAGCGACGACGGCGAGGGCGUGGACCUGGAGCUGGCCACCGAUCUGUCGCGGCACCAGCGGGCCGUCAACACAGUCCGGUGGUCACCGAAUGGGGAGCUGCUCGCCUCGGGCGACGACGAGAGUGUUGUGUUUAUCUGGAAGCAGAAGGCCGACCACGAAGUGAUCAACAUUGUGGACGCCGCCGAUGGGAACAGUGAGCAGGACAAGGAGGUCUGGAUAACGCUGAAGGUGUUGCGCGGUCAUCGCGAGGAUAUCUACGAUCUGAGUUGGGCGCCCAACUCGCAGUUCCUGGUCACGGGCUCUGUGGACAAUACGGCGAUGUUGUGGGACGUGCACAAGGGAAAGUCCUUGGCCAUUCUUGACGACCACAAGGGCUAUGUGCAAGGCGUUGCCUGGGAUCCGUGCAAUCAGUAUAUAGCCACCAUGAGCACGGAUAGGCAAAUGCGCAUCUUCGACACGACUACCAAGCGAGUGCUCCAUCGGGUGAGCAAGUGUGAGUUUCCCGUGAAGGAGGGUCACGAGUUGCACGAGAGGAGCAUCCGGCUGUAUCACGAUGGCACCUUGCAGACCUUCUUCCGCCGCUUGUGCUUCACUCCCGACGGCAAGCUGCUCCUUACACCCGCUGGAAUCACCGACUACGACGGCGUGUUGAAGCCGAUGAACACCACCUAUGGAUUCAGCCGGUAUGACCUUUCGCGCCCUGCGUUUGUGCUGCCCUUUCCCAACGAGUACACGGUGGCCGUGCGCUGCUCUCCGGUGCUGUACCGUCUGAGACCGUACAAUGAGGAAAAGAACCCGCCUAUCAUUGCGCUGCCCUACCGGAUGAUCUACGCCGUGGCCACCAAGAAUUCGGUGCUUCUCUACGACACCCAGCAGGCGGUGCCCUUUGCCAUCGUUUCGAACAUCCACUACACCAGGCUAACGGAUCUGGCGUGGUCCAGCGACGGCACCGUGCUGAUCGUGUCCAGCACGGAUGGCUUCUGUUCGCUGCUCACCUUUGAGCCACAAGAGCUGGGCGAGCGCUACGAGGAUAUGGACGCAGUGCUGAGCGCUGCUCUCAAAUCGUCGGAGAAUGUGCCGCCGCCGCCAAGGAAAAAGAAGCAGAAAACCCGGAAAGCUUCGUCGGACGAGGUGGAAGUUCCCAGGAAGCCCCUGCAGGAGAAGACCAAGUCGAAUAAAAUAAACAAGACGGCCGGUUCCGAGCUCAAAGAGGAGGGCGGCGAGACCGAUGUGGAUGCCGACAACGAUUCCUCGAUGCAGAGCGCCAGUUCGUCCAGUUCGAACAGCCCCAAAAUAAAGGCGAAAGCCGCCGACAAUAAACCCACACCCAUUGCCUUCAGGCGUUCACCACGCAAGGUGACGCCCACGCCGACGCCGAUCGCCAUUCGUCGAUCUCCGCGUAAGCCAGAAGAUGGAGUUACCAAGCCCAAAAAUGGCACAGACGCCCCUGCACAGGCUCGGGAGCCCACAUCCAUUUGCAAGGAAGAGAAAGCAGUGGCAGGUGGAUCACCUCUGCCUAUAAAGCGCAAGAUUAGCACGGAGACCGAGCCAGCUCUUGGCGUUGUCGCCGUGCUCGAUAAGGAGAUCAUCAGCUCCGAUGAAAAGUUCGAGUCUCCCGAGAAGAAAAGCCGCCGGCCAGCAACGCCCAUUCAAGUACGUCGCCAGCCGCGUACUCCGAGCAGCGCCAGCAGCUCCUUCAACCUUACCCCCAAGAGCCAACCCGCCACCAAGCAUGCAACGCCCAUUGCCGUGAGGCGAACUCCCCGCGUUCUCGUCGAAAUGCCUGUCAACUCUCCGAUGGGUCCCGUUGAGGAGGCCAUGGAUGCCUGGCCCCUUGAUGAGGGCAUUAGUCCCCUGCCGGAGGCAAAGAAGAAUUCCCAAGAGCCGUUGUCGGAGGCCAAGGAGGAACCUCAAACGAAGACGGCAGCCGUCCUUGCAGCCAGUGAGGCGACUUGCGAGCGGACAGAGGACAUUCGUCUGGUCUACGAGGACACACAGGAGGAGGCGGCCCGAACUCCGGCGAAGGCGACUGAGUCCAAGCCGUCCACGCCUAAUAAUAAGACACCGCGGCGGGUGUCCUUGCGAACCAUAUCCACGCCCAAAUCGAAAAAGAAACUGUUAGAAUAGCAGAGCAAUAAGUUUUAGUUGUAAAGAAUUAAAAAAAGAAAUUAUGCAAAUAUAUACAAGCCCACAAGACAAGGUAUAGAAGGAA